GUGCAAAUUCGGGCUAGGCAUUUGGCAAUAUAAAUUAAUUUCAUUUCAACCUUUGCAGACAGAGCCGUGUCAGUCAUGAAGCAAUCUAUUCCAUUGGUCGUUCUUUUGCCAAUAAUACUUCUCGUGCUUCCAGCCACGAAUGCAAGGCUCCGAGAGUUCCUGCCAGGCAACCUCCGGCAGACCGACGAGACCAUCUUCCCACAACAGUGCGACGGACGUCAGUUUACCGUUUGUGAAUCAUGUGAUACUAUCAAGGUGUGCAUCAGCGACUCUGCCAAUGCGCUGAAUCCUACCAGACGUUGUCCAGCGGCAACUCCUUUCUGCAGAUCUCAGGACUCGGCGAUUGGAGCAAGUUGUAGUGCCCAGCCAGAUGAGUACUGCAAGAACACCGAAGUUAACCAAAACGCAUUCGUCUGUACCGGAGCUGGAUUUUAUCCGGAUCCGAACUCCUGCCGAGUGUAUCACUACUGCGAGAGCAAAGGUGUCCAAGCAGAUAGCUACGACUGCCCGGAUGGAUACAAAUACAACACCAGAACUAACUACUGCCAGAGAACGCUGUUUCCCUGCACCAGAGGAGUAUUAUGCGAUCCGAACGACAGAAGAGUAUUCGUCCCCUACCCUGGAGACCAAUCGUACUACGUAUUCUGCCAGUACGACUACACCAACCAGACGGCUGCCUUCAAGGGAGCGCAAAUCUUCGCAUGCGGUAAGGACUCAACGUUCAACGAAAACUCGGCCACGUGUGAGUUCAGAUGCCCUCGGACAGGAAUGUUCGUGAACACUGCCAACCCGCGGCAGUACUAUCAAUGUUAUCGCGUGGGUGGUCGAUUGAAAUACAAAACGAACACCUGCCGAGUGGAUCAGGUGUUCGAUGAAGACGAGCGACGAUGCGUGGUGGUGCCCGGUGUAACCAUUUCCACGACCACAGUGCCGCCCGAGGUGACAACUACGCCAGAAGUAACGGCUCCUCCGGAGUUAUGUGUAAGAAGACUACACUUUAAGGGUUAGAAAAAGUAAAAUGCUAGAAAAAUAAAACAAAGUUUUACACAAUAAACUAUUCGAU